UGUUGCCAAACGCCCGCGUCAGUGACCCAUGGAGGAUCCGCGGACGUUGCAAAGCCAUGGCCAGUGUCUAUGGGGUCGUUAUCAUUCCGAGUCCCAGUCGCCGAUAAUCACGGCACUCCGGCGGACACCACUAGAAUAUAGACUCACGGCGCGGAUAGUCAGGCAUGAUGUUUCUGACCCGACCUUUCAGUGACUCGUUUCGGUGCGCAAGUCGAGGAUUCAGAAGUGCAACGGUCGUCACCUCUCCAACAAGAAGUCAGCCCACAACUGCUGCCAAGAUGCUACCUCGACUGGUUUUAUGCGAUCCCGUUGCAUACAAGGAUGAGUGCAAAGCGAUGUUUGAAGGCGUUGCGGAAGUUCUGCAAUUAGACCAGCCUGCAAAUCGUGACGACUUCAUUCGCUCCCUUCACCCUGGAGGCCAGCUGGAAGGCGCGAUCGGGCUCUUCGAACGUAAUCAGUCCAUCGGACGCAUUGGCCGCUUCGACGAGGAGCUGAUCAGCAGGCUUCCUCCCACUAUCAAGUGGAUCGCGCACUUGGGUGCGGGCUACGACAAAGUUGACGUCGUCGCUUGCAAGGAGCGUGGCAUUGGUGUCUCAAACACCCCCGGAGCUGUCGACGACGCGACAGCGACCACCGCGCUCUACCUGCUGAUAUCUGCACUGCGAGGCUUCUCCGCGGCUGAACGGAGCUUGCGCGCAGGAAACUGGAAGACAUCCCAUUCUGCUGCAGCCGCGCACGACCUCACCAGGCGUACCGUCGCCAUCCUCGGCUUAGGCGGUAUUGGGCUUCGUUUUGCCGAACUAGUUCAUGCGUUCCCAAUGCGUGUCCUCUACCAUAACCGGCGAAAGGUCACGACCGCACCGGAGUGGUGCGAGUACUAUGACAAGGAACAUUUCGACGAUAUGCUCGCGCAGGCAGACGUGCUCAGCGUCCAUGUGCCGUUCACGGAGGAGACGCGGAACAUUGUCGACGAUAGAAUGAUUCGCAAGCUGAAGAAGGGCGCUGUGAUCAUCAACACAGCACGCGGCCAGGUCAUCGAGGAAGAGGCCAUGAUGCAGGCUCUCAAGGACGGUCACCUAUCUGCCGUUGGUCUUGAUGUCUUCUACAACGAGCCGAACAUUGACCCGCGUUGGUACGAUAUACCCAACGCGGUUCUGCUUCCCCACGUAGGGACAGCUACUGCAGACAGCGUCAAGAAGAUGGAAUUACGCGCUCUCGGGAAUUUGCGUGAUUUCGUCCUUGUGGGGAAAGGAACAGACCUCGUACCGGAGCUGAGGUAGUUUACGGGCGAGGAGGCCGGGUCGACGGAGCUGGUGCGAUGCACUGUGAAUAUUGUGAAUAUCAUGAUAUGGAAUACAGAGUCUUGAGUCUCAGUUGACGGAUCCAAGGUCGUUGUCAUUCACGUAUUGCUGAUUCGAUGAGCAUGGUUUAUUCCUGUGGCACUGAGCCCAAAAUUUGCUUAUAGGAACCGGGAGUAGGAAGACCUGCUGAGUACUGGGUGGUAAUACUGUCGGACAUCCCGUCCAACCUCUCCAUGAACGUUUG